AUGGAUUACUUGAUAGCCUAUUUCUGUCUUGUACUCAUUUUUGUCCAUCAAAUUGUCGGUGUAAAGGAAAUGUACAGAGAAAAUGAGUUAUGGAUGUUUUAUGUAAACAACGAUGCAAAUGUCUCAAGAAACUCUACACAGCAAGGAAGGUAUCAAUCAAUCAAUACUAACCUUAGUGUCAGUUAUCAGCCAAUGACAAGAAACUUUCACAGAGACAUUGAAACAUUUUGUGAAAUUUUAACGAAAACGAAAGUGGUUGCAUUUCUUUUACCUCCUAACUUUGAAGGCAGAAUUGAGUUCACUUUGGCUGCAAAACAUCUUGCAAUUCCAGUGUUGAACGUGCCAAAAUCUUCAAAAGAUACACAG